AUGCGCAAGUUACGAGAAACUGACGGCCUUGCUGGCAUCUUUCUAUUUGGAGAUCAAGUCUUGAUUUCUCCCUUGUCGCUAACAGGAAGCCAGAUGAAUAACCCCGAUGCUCUCACCAACUGGGUGCUGGGCCCACCACCACCGCGACCGAACGAUGCCCCGACCGGGACGCACCCCGACGUCGCCUUUGCCCACUUCGAAGGGCCGCAAGCCACCAACAAGAGUCGCUGGCUUCCAGAGGCCCUCUGGACCUCUUUCGUUUCGGGUGGCCGAUCCGAAACCUCGAUUGUCCAUGUCGUGGCCAAGUCCAAGCUGAGGCGCCUCUCACGAGUACGGGCCGAGCAUGUUGCAGAGGAAACUGCGAGAGGAGUGAUUCCGGUGAAGACCGUGGAUUACCAAGAACUUUUGAGGGAGCUGAGGGCAUCCCGUCAAAACGGGAGAUGGCAUCUCCGGGCCACGGGACCAUUGGCCCACAGAUCCGUCUUCAUCAUUGAGGUCGAUCCCGAUUUUUCGGCCGACUUCUUCCUUGCCCUUUACGCGGCAGUGGAAUUCUCGCUUUCCGUUACGGAAGAGCAACCUCAAGCCGCCAUGAGACUGGCAACAAUGUCAUGGGAGCCAGCCGAUGAGCUGUACUCCCGCUUGGUCCAACAGACAGAGCAUGGGAUCAUCACCUUUGUCCUCCCCGGCAAUUCCGAGCCCUAUAUCUCUUUUGGUGUUGGCAGUGGAGAGGAGGAGCCAUUCCAGGCAAUCAUCUCUAAACUGGACCAGCUUGGCUCGGACGAUCUGCAUACUGUCGUCUAUUUCCAGGACGAGGAUAGGCCACCGCCUCGGUGGAAGGAAGAUGAGUGGGAAGGUUGGGGGUGGACCCGUGAGGUGUUUGAGCUGGAUCCCCAUGGGAGAUUCCCUGUCCAAGACGAACCAACAGGCUCUGUCAUGCUGCGUGUUCCUUGCGACACACGAGGGUUCGGCAGGCUGGAAACGGAUGGGUAUGUUCACAUCAUCCCGUCCAGGACUCGGCAACGGCCCAUCUUCGACAUGCAAACUCGACAGGUGGUUCGUGUUGAGCUCCGUGUCUCCCAAUCCGAGAGAUUCCAACAACUCUCCUGGGUAGACAGGACAACAUGCCCCCGGUCGAGAGUGUGUGCCUACCCCGACGUGGAGAGCCCUAUAGGGCACCCUCGUCGAAAGGACAUCCUUAACAGCCAGCUGGCUGGCCUCAUCGCAGGGCUUGUACAGUUUGAGGGAUGGCCCAGCAGGAUCAGGUCUCUGCCACGACUCAUCGCAGUCCUUGUGCAGGAAGAUGAGACCAUAAGGGGCAUUUUUGAUCAGACUGCGCAACGCCUGGUUUUCCAAGGCUUGCUACAGAUGGAGGGGCCUGAAUCGGGCCCGAUCAUCUCCCUUAAAGGUGGCAUUCCAAACAUCUUUUCCGCCCUUCUCCCCCUUGUCGACUACGACACUCGAUUGGCCUACUUACUGGUCCAGCCUUCUGAUCGCCUAACUACUUUGUUCAAAACCCAAGUAGCUGCAAUGGUCACCAUAGGUCAGGACAAGGUGGUUGACUUCUCGCUCGGGGUGCGUAACGAAGUAGACAAGGCCUAUGUCAAAAUCGCGAUGGCGCUUGGCUAUGGUAAGAACCUUGCAUCCUUUGGGACACUGUGGAUGGCAUGGGAGACACGGUGUCAUGAGAUACACGAUGUGCUCUCACCUACACUACAAGCACCUGAGGCCCUGGAUGAGACCGAGAUUCUCACGGAUGAUCAGGUCGAGGCACUCUAUUGGGAUUGCUUGCGAGCAUUUGCCUUCCAGAUUGGUGUCGUCACCUUCCCCAGUGAUGGCGGAUAUGCCAGGGUUCAUGAUUUCGUGUCGGGGGUGGAACUGACAUGGGACUGGGGCUUCCUUUUGAUCGACUUUGACGCUAUCAAAAAGAAUGAUCCCGAGUGUACGGUUGGGUUCUACACCACUCUUUUCCGCGACGAGUUUGAAUCCGCGUGA